CCGGCUCGCUCCUCAUCCGCAUAAUCUAUGCGGCGGCCUCGUUAUCAUGCAAAUUUAUGCGCAUACGUUUGCAUACCGAUGAGGCCGGGCGAGGAGUGGGUCGCGUUCAAAAUGGCGGAGCGGGGCGGGCGAGGUAGCGGCGGUCACGGCAGUUUGGACAAGAGCAUCACCCUCCCGCCAGACGAAAUCUUCCGCAACCUGGAGAACGCCAAGCGCUUCGCCAUAGACAUCGGUGGCUCAUUAACCAAAUUGGCUUAUUAUUCAACAGUGCAGCACAAAGUGGCAAGAGUGAGAUCCUUUGAUCAUUCUGGAAAGGACAUAGAAAAUGAACCUUUGUAUGAAAUAACUGUUCAGGAGGAAAUUACAGCUCGACUUCACUUCAUUAAAUUUGAAAACACUUAUAUUGAAACCUGCCUAGAUUUCAUCAAAGACCAUCUUGUCAAUACAGAGACAAAAGUCAUCAAAGCUACAGGUGGUGGUGCCUAUAAAUUCAAAGAUCUUAUUGAGAAGAAAUUGGGGUUGAAAGUAGAUAAAGAAGAUGUAAUGACCUGCCUAAUUAAAGGAUGCAACUUCGUGCUAAGGAACAUACCCCACGAAGUGUUUGCAUACCAGAAAGAUUCAGAUACAGAAUUCCGAUUUCAGACGAAUGACCCAAACAUUUUCCCUUAUUUACUGGUGAAUAUUGGCUCUGGGGUUUCUAUAGUGAAGGUAGAAACAGAAGACAAAUUUGAAUGGAUCGGAGGGAGCUCAAUUGGAGGUGGAACCUUCUGGGGUCUUGGAGCACUGCUCACAAAAACAAAGAAAUUUGAUGAAUUGCUGCAACUUGCUUCAAAGGGACAGCACACAAAUGUAGACAUGCUGGUGAAAGAUGUGUAUGGAGGAGCCUACCAGACCCUGGGCCUAAGUGGAAAUCUGAUCGCUAGCAGCUUUGGGAAAUCUACCACAGCAGAUAAAGAAUUUUCCAAAGAAGAUAUGGCAAAAAGUUUACUACAUAUGAUCAGCAAUGACAUCGGUCAGCUCGCCUGCCUCUAUGCCAAACUCCAUAACUUAGAGAAGAUAUAUUUUGGAGGAUUCUUUAUUCGAGGUCAUCCUGUUACCAUGCGCACAAUAACCUACAGUAUCAACUUCUUCUCCAAGGGAGAGGUUCAGGCAUUGUUCCUGAGACAUGAAGGCUACCUGGGAGCCAUUGGGGCAUUUUUAAAAGGAGCUGAACAAGACAAUCCAAAUCAGUAUAGCUGGGGAGAGAAUUAUGCUGGGAGUUCUGGUCUUAUGAGCACAUCCCCUGAUGUUUACCCUAUGCAGAGAACAAGGAGUGGUACAUUUGACAUGCUUGAAAUGGAUAGGUUGGAGAGACCGCUUGUGAACCUGCCACUGCUGAAAGACCCAUCAACUUAUAUUCCGGACACUGUUGACCUCACAGAUGAUGCCAUGGCCAGAAAAUACUGGCUCACCUGCUUUGAGGAGGCUCUGGAUGGGGUGGCAAAGCGUGCUGCAGCCAGCCAGCCAGACUCCAUGGAUGCUCUGGAGAGAGCGGAAAAGUUCCGGCAGAAGUACUGGAACAAGCUGCAGACGCUCAGGCAGCAGCCCUUUGCAUAUGGUACCUUAACAGUUAGAAGCCUUUUGGACACAAGGGAACACUGUUUAAAUGAGUUCAAUUUUCCGGAUCCCUAUUCAAAGAUAAAGCAGAAAGAAAAUGGCAUAGCCUUAAAAUGUUUCCACAGCGUAAUCGAGUCUUUGGAUUCAUUAGACUGGGAGGAGAGGCAGUUUGCUCUGGUGAAAGGACUUCUUGCAGGGAAUGUCUUUGACUGGGGAGCAAAAGCAGUCUCAGACGUUCUGGAAUCUGAGCCACAGUUUGGAUUUGAAGAAGCCAAGUCAAAACUACAAGAACGUCCCUGGCUACAAGAUUCCUACAACCAGUGGCUGGAGCGACUGAAGGAGGGUCCCCCUCAUAAAUGUGCCUUAAUUUUCACAGAUAACAGUGGAAUAGACAUAAUUUUAGGAGUCUUUCCUUUUGUCAGAGAGCUCCUUUCUAGAGGGACAGAGGUUAUAUUGGCCUGUAACUCUGGCCCUGCCCUGAACGACGUCACCUACAGUGAAUCCCUGAUCGUGACUGAGCGGAUAGCAGCCAUGGAUCCCAUCAUUCAAUCUGCACUGAAGGAGGAGAAGCUGCUCUUGGUUCAGACGGGUUCGAGUUCUCCAUGUCUAGAUCUCAGCCGUCUGGACAAAGGCUUGGCUGUGCUGGUGCGGGAGCGGAAGACAGACCUGGUCAUCAUCGAGGGCAUGGGCCGCGCCAUCCACACCAACUACUACGCGGCUUUCAAGUGCGAGAGCCUCAAGCUGGCUGUGAUCAAGAACUCGUGGCUCGCUGACCGCCUGGGGGGGAAGAUCUUCAGCGUCAUCUUUAAGUAUGAAGUGCCGUGUCAAUGAUGGGAGCUGGCCCGCAGGGGGAGCAGCAGCAGCAGAACGGACUUGCACUAGUUUUACUUUAACUGUAAAGAAUGUAUUUUUAUUACAACAGGGAAAAGAGUUCACAGGAAAUUCCGUAUUUAUAUUGUGCUUUUGUGACUUAAAAAGCAACAAUAUGAUUCACUCUAUAGUAUACACACCCAAAUAUAUAUAUGUAUAUCACUCAUUGUUUAUUUUGGUAAGUGUUUAUUUUAAUGCUGCAGUAUUUGUGAUGAAAAGACUUUAUUUUUUUGUUCUGUGAGACAUUCAUAUAGAAAUAUAUUUAAAUGUCAAUGAAACCUUUUUUUAUACAUCUCUGCCUACUCUGCCAGCAAGGACAUGGCACAUACUAAAUAGUUCUAAAGUGCUAAGUCAGUCUGACACUGCAUUUUCUAUGUCAGCUUUUAAACUUACCUAAAGUGUUUCAUGCUCUUUGCAGUUAAUUUGAUUGAAGGACUGAUCCACCUUCUAACCUAAGAAGCAUCACUUAAGCUGUGUCUAAAACAGAACUGUCCUGAUCUGGGCUAACUGGACAGCACUGGUUUACCAGCAGUUGGAAGAACCCGUAACUCCUGUUGCUUUCCCUGUUUGUUCUUGUUACCAGUUGGGUUGGGAGAGGAUUGCUUCAACUAUAUGAAAUUACUCAGCCAUAGUUUGAAGUUGAGUCUUACUAAGUUACUCUCAAAGUGAACGUGAAGUGCUCUGUUGAGGAGCACCCAGCUAUUCUCCUGUUGCAGGCAUGUUAGGUUCUGUUGCCUUCAGUUAUUUAAUGCUGGGAUGGGUAGGAGUUAGUCUCUUGGUUCCUGCAGUGCAGUUAAAGCCAUUCCCAAGUAACUGAAUUUGCCUUUUGAUGUGCAGUACCAAAAUGGAGUAAUUUAACCAUGAACUUUGCAUCAGUCAUUCCAGCUCUGAAAUGAAAAACAGCUCAAGUGGAGAACUGGUUAAUACACAGCUGAGCCACCUGCUCCCCUUGAGUCCCAAAGAUUCUUCUUUGCAAGCAAGAGGCUAAUGCCCAGUGCCCGCAGCCUCACCCUUGCCUGGUGAACUAGACCCAUAACCAGACUUCACACUCUGGUACUGCUGGACUUCAACCUUCAAUCUUCCUCCUCAGUAGUUCUUGAUCAGGUUAACUAUUAACCCUCUAUGGCUGAGCGGUGAGACCUGUCCCUGAUGGGAACCUGGCAAGGACAAGUCCACAUCUUGCAUUUCUUAUGUCCAGUAAUUCCUUAGUUGCAUGGGCUCCCCGUCAGGUCUCAGGGCACUGCAGGGGAUUCAGUUAAGUCCUACAGUUGGGGGUUUACGCCUCAGCACCGUCAUUCCUGAUUCAGAACCAAUCUUCCUGGUGACCAGCAUCUGCUCAGAAUGGGGGGAGUUUGUAACUGGCACGUUUCAGCAGCAGUUCUUGAUGAGAACAGUCAGCUGAGAGAGAGCUUUACGUUUUCAAGGUUGUACCUCAGACUGUCACUAGUAAGCAGAGGCUCCAUAUUAACUGUCCCAAGUCACUUACUCCUACAGGCGUUCAUGUACUUACACAGUGAACUUCUAAACUAAACACAGACUCACCACUGUAGCCAUCUCAGCUGUAUUUCCCCAUUGUUAACCUCCCUUAUUGUUCAGUUACACUUAUGGAUUUAAUUUCUUCCAAGUCACUUAAUUUUCUUCUGCAUCCAGCUCCACCAAUCCAGAAGUGCUCUGUGUGUGUUUGUAAUUAGAAAACUAACACUCUAGACUUGCAGAAAAACAUCUUUCUACAUCGAUGUAGUUCCUAUGAAAUACAUGUGGUAUGAACCUAACACAGGCCCGUUCCUUAAGGACAGAACUGUUAAGCGUUAGCCCUCCCCAAGGUCUCCUGGCUCUGUCUUGUGUUUUUCUUUAUAUGCAGACGAGUGCAGAUUUCUUCUGUGAAAACAGCACAGCAAGAUUUCUGGAAGACAAAACAGGAGGAAACACAGGGAUGAGUCUUUCUGUGUCAUGGAAAAGGGUGCACAAUCCACCCCUGGAACAGGUGGGAAACAGGGACACACACUCAGAUUCUAGCGCAGUUUCAUUUACAUAUGUUUUCCUGCUUGUCAAAUGACUUGAGAAGAGCCAUACUUGAGAAUAAACUUGCUAUUGAUGAUC